AUGUCUGAUUUACAUCCAAACUUCACUUCUUCUUUUAAUAAAAGAAUAGUUUGUUUUAUCUUGGUGGUGAUCAUUGUGGCAGUCAUAUCGGUCCUUAAUACUCGAAUAAAACAAACAAAUAUUCAAUUACCUACUACCAAGGAUUAUUCAAAGCCUCCACCUCUUCCUAACUGGUCUUCUAUAGCAGCUAAAUCUUCUCAUAAAGCUCUUGUAGAAACCGAUAAUACUGGUUCGUACAAUGUAUCCCUUGUUCGAUCAAAUCUAUCAUUAUCGCCAUUAUCAGCGGACACUGCUUACAGUCUUCGAUGGAUCGUUAUAACUUCUAUUCAUUAUCCGACUAAAACAGUUAACAAGCUCAGUAAACUGAAUAAUUGGGCAUUGGUAUUAGUGGCUGAUGUGAGCACACCGAACGACUGGUCGCAUCCUAACUGUGUCUUUUUAAGUAUUGAAAGUCAAAAAAGACUUUUAUUGGAGAUUCAUGACACUAUACCUUAUCGACAUUAUGGUCGGAAAACAAUUGGAUAUCUUUAUGCCAUUCGACAUGGCGCAAAAAUCAUAUAUGAAACAGAUGAUGAUAAUGAACUUAUAUCAGGUAUAGAACAACAGGUACUGGGAUUCCAAGAGAUAUCUACAUCGAACAAAGCAUAUUUUCUACCAGCAACUUCUCAAGAAAUGAACUCGUUUGAUUCUAAACCAUUUUUUGAUGCAGCAGUUUUUGACAAAUCUUCGAGUGUCAACACUACAAAUAAUUUGACGAUGGAAGAGCAGAUUACAGUGAAUCCUUAUCAUUAUUUUGGGCAACCUAAUAUAUGGCCACGUGGAUAUCCUCUUCGACUCGUUGGAGAUAAUAUUUCCAAUAGCAUCAGUUUAUCAACUGUUCAACCGCUAAUUCAGCAAGGUUUAGCAAAUGGAGAUCCAGACGUGGAUGCAAUAUUUAGACUGACACAAUCAGACAGACAUAAUAGGAUUGAUAUUCGAUUUCAAGAAAAACCACCGAUUGCAGUUUCUCAUGGACUUUUCGUUCCAUUUAAUAGUCAAAAUACUUUAUUUCAUUAUGAUGCAUUCUGGGCAUUAUGGCUUCCUAUAACAACCACUUUUCGAGUUUGCGACAUCUGGAGAGGAUAUUUUGUUCAACGACUACUAUGGGAACUAACACCAAAAGCCACAUUAACGUUUCAUAGUCCUUCAGUUCUCCACAGUGGAUAUGGUUGA